AUGGUUGAUUCUGGAAGCGAUGAUGAAGGACAAACUACGAUUACGUUAAAAAUAAAGACGACUUCGGAAAGCUAUGAAAUUACGACAAAGGAACAAGCUACAGUUGCGAAAGUAAAAUCAAUUAUUUCGCAAAAAAUUGAUCAACCUAUAGAGAAACUUUGUCUAAUUUUCUCUGGAAAAAUAUUAAAGGAUUACGAAAAACUUGACCAACAUUGUAACCAUCAAGGAUGGUAUGGCAAUUCAUUUGGUUAUUCGUCAGGGUCAGAGAGUAAGUUAUUCAUAAUAAUUCUAAUCAUGAGGAUUACGGAUAUUAUUUUGUCACCAAAUAUGACAACUGCGACCACUGCUUCUACUACAAGUGGAUCUAACAUUGCAUCACAGGCUACGCCAUUAGUAUCAGUGUUUGGUGCAGGUAGAAGUACUGGAGGUCCUAUGGGAAUGGGUCAUCUACUUCAGAAUCCAGAUGCACUGCGCGAUAUGAUAAAUAAUCCAGUUAUUCAGUCAAUAAUGAGCAACACAGAUGUAAUACGUUCUCUACUGGUUGAUAAUCCACAAGUUCAACAAAUCAUUGAUGCUAAUCCUGAAUUUGGCCAUUUGUUGAAUGAUCCAGAAAUUAUUCGACAAACUAUGGAAAUGGUCAGAAAUCCAACAAUGUUCCAGGAAAUGAUGCGGAAUCAUGACCAAGCCAUACGUAAUUUGCAAGGUAUACCUGGAGGUCAAGCAGCUUUGCAACGCUUAUAUCAAGAUGUUCAAGAGCCCCUGCUAAAUAGCGCAGCCAAUUCUUUCAGCAGAAAUCCAUUCGCUUCUUUGGUUGAAAAUUCGAGUACAGUGACAUCAAGAAGUCAGCACGCAGGUAUCGAGAAUGCUGAAGCUCUUCCAAAUCCAUGGGGUGGAUCUGGAAGUUCUAAUCAGUCAGCUGAAAUUAACUCGAAUGAGCAACCACCUAUAUUACUUGAUUCUUUGGGAGGUAGCAUUAGAAAUUCGAUUGUUUUUACAUUUGUUCUGAAAGAAUUAUUAUUUUCUAUUUUGCUGUUUUCAUUAAAAAUUUUUGUGCCUUUUUUUCAUAUCCUCAAUUCUUCUGGUGCACAAAAUUUAACGCGUCAGUUAAUGAGCGAUCCUGCUGUUGUUCAAGAACUUUUUAGCAGCAACGCCAUGGAACGCGUCUCGCAGUUGGUAGGGCAAAAUCCGUCGAUACUUCAAAUUGCAAGAGCAAAUGCAGGUUGCUAUACCGAGAAUACAAGAAUUGGUAUGUUUAUAUUUUGUUUGAGAGAGUCGUAUACGCGGUGCCAAUUCAAAAUGUAUGUAAUUAAUUUUUUCAAGAUGCAACAACCAGGAGCACUACAAGCAAUGACAAGUCCUCGUGUACUAGAGGCCAUACAACAGAUUCAAAAUGGUAUUGAAACAUUGCGACGCGAGGCACCUCAUCUUCUGCCCGCCAUCGUUGCACCAAUCUCGACAGCGGUAACAACAUCCUCGACAUCAAAUACUACUACCACGUCUGCAAAUACUGCGUCUGCAACAGCGGCAACAACAACUACAGUUCCAACUGGCGAACAAGCACUGAUGAUGCUUAAUCUGAUCAGGCAAAUGACUGGUACUAACUUGACUGGUAAUAAUCAAACCACAAGUCAACCUCCGGAAGAACGAUAUAGAAAUCAAUUGGAACAAUUAGCCAGUAUGGGUUUCAGUAAUCAGGAAGCUAAUAUUCGAGCUUUGCUUGCUACAUUCGGGGAUGUAAACGCUGCGGUUGAUCGACUUCUUAGUGGUCAGGAUGGGCAGUAA